GCUCAACCUUCGGUUUGCCAACUCUUUUUAUUUUCCCUUCCCUUCCUUUUUCCUUUCUUCUUUCAACAUCAAGGACUUCACGAUUUGACAAAGUAAAAAGGGACACACAUUGACGCGGCAAAAUUGGUGAUCAAUUUCUCUCUCUUCACGACAACAAUUUAAUUGACCUAGUCAAGCCAACUUUUACGUCGCGCAUUGAGCAUUGAUUGAUUGAAUCUGCCUGCACCUGCAUUGAUUGACGAUUGACGUUUGACGUAUACAUUUGAUCGCUUAACACUGAACGUUGCGUGUCAUCAAAGUGUUGCAAAAUCUCAUUUUGCAUGCGCCGACCACCCGUAUCCUCUCGUGCUGUGCCUUGAGCUUUGAGCUUUGAAGCAAUAGGGUAAUAGGGCAAUAGGGCUAGGCCUUGUUCAUUAUCAGCAGUACUUUCAUCGCCCAGAAGUGAUCUCAUCGAGGCAUUAUUCUACCUUUAUUUCUACCAUUGUCAGCGCAAUGGCAGAGGCGCAACCUAAUAUCCAGGCGAUUCUCGCCGCUCUUGCGGCCCAGUCAGGAGCCUCUACUACCCCAUCUCAAGGUCAAGCACCCGCACCUUCGCCCUAUGCCAUCCCCGGCUACCAACAAGGCCCGGCGCCCGGUGCCUACGGGGCAAUGCCACCAUCAGUAUCUAGCCAAACCCCGACAUAUCCUGGUUAUCCCGUGGACUUGAAUGCCAUCAGACCCGUCACCUCGGGUACAAUGAAUCUAGGAGAUCUCGACCGGCCAGAUGCCCGUACUGCUCCUCCCAGACACUUUAGAUCUCGUUCGCGCUCCCCGCCGCGUCGUGAUGUACGUGACAACGUCAAUCCCUAUCGGGAUGAGAGACGCAAUGAACGUGGAGCACAUGUCCGUGACUAUGGUCGCGAUCGUGAUCGUUCAGAAUCGCCCGAUAAUAGUGAGAUCAUUGAUGUUGAAUCCACUCUAGUUGGUCUGGUCAUCGGUCGACAGGGUGAGAAUCUGAGACGUAUUGAAUCCGAGACCUCAUGCAGAGUACAGUUCCUGUCAUCUACUGGUGAACAAGAAGCGUAUCGCCAGUGCAAGAUCACUGGUCCUCGACCUAGACGUGCUGAGGCUAAAGCCGCCAUCAACAAGACAAUCGAUGACAGCGGCAUGGGCGCCAUUGCUCGCGCUGGUCUGGACAGACAGCCUCAUGCUCGUCGUGAGGUUCGUACCCCCAACCCCAAUGCAUUGCGAGAUGGGGAGGACUACGAGCAGAUUGUUGUUCCUGACCGUACUGUCGGUUUGAUCAUUGGCCGUGGUGGAGAGACCAUUAGAGACCUACAAGAGCGCAGCGGUUGCCAUAUCAACAUUGUAGGAGAAGAUCAGAGUAACAACGGUCUGCGCCCAGUAAACUUGAUAGGACCAACCAAAGCGACAGCCUUGGCUAAGACCAUGAUUAUGGAGAUUGUCGAUAGUGACAAUCACAGUAACGACAACAAUGCCAGCGCCAACAAGCCUCGCCAACAGAGGCCUGACCAUCCCCGCGACAAUGGUCAAGGCGGUCCUGAUAAGGUGAACGAUUCCAUCUUCGUACCAUCUGAGGCUGUUGGAAUGAUCAUAGGCAAGGGUGGCGAGACGAUCCGAGAGAUGCAGAAUACUACCGGCUGCAAGAUCAAUGUGACUGCCUCAUCAGGACCCAAUGAAGUACAGCGUGAGAUAGGUCUAGUGGGAUCUCGUGACGCCAUCAACCGUGCUAAGAGAGCUAUCGAGGACAAAGUUGACGCAGUUCGACAGAAGAACAAUGGAGCCAGCCAAGGUCGUGGAGGUCGAAACCAGCACCGUCGUGACUGGGACAGCCCUAGCUACCCUCAACAGAGCACUCAGCCAGCUGAACCCGCAGCCAGCGCCGCUAAUGGUGCUGCUGAUCCCUAUGCACCUUGUAAGUCCAUAUAGUUUUCAUGAAUCGGUUCCCAUUUUGCAGCGUUGAGCAAUUGGGCUAACUCUGAAUAUAGAUGGUGGAUAUCAGCGAUACCUA